AUGGAAGUUCCCAAGCGUCGCAAAUCAGUCUUCAUGGAAGUUGGCUUGGUUGACGAAGCCACUGUCCAACGCGAACGUUCACCGGCUCCGACCCUGAUAUCGCGCCGCACGCCGAAAAGCAUACGUCCUAGCCGAACAGUACGGUUCAGAAGCCAAAACAGCCUGUUCGGGGACGAGGAGGGUGAAGAUGCCAACAACAGUGACCUGGACGAGGCCUUGGGACCGGCUUUGGCGGAUAUGGCAACAUCUGCAAAUUCGAAUAUGCGGCCACUAUCCUACCUAAGCCCGCAGGCGCACCGGCUGGCCUUGCUCGUGCUGGGCCUGAUAUUGGUGCUGCCUAUCUUGCACACCAAUCCCUUGUUUUCAAUUGGAGCGAGAGCAAGUGCUAUCCCGUCACAUGCGCGUGAGGCCACUGUUAGCAAGCGAGAAGACACGAAUACUCAGGUCUGCAAACGGUGGGCGCAUCAGUCUGCCGUGGUCAACGGAACACUCUACAUCUACGGCGGCCGGUCGACCACCGAUUCCAAGCAGACAAGCAACACAUGGACUAAUGAUUUCCUGGCUCUUGAUCUCACAAAGUCCUGGCAAAUCAGCAGUCCAUCUCUGAGGGGCCUCCCACGGCCCUCGGGUCCGCCCAAAGUAUCAAUGGGUUACCUCUGGGGUUCGCUCAACUCACUUUUCUUCUACGGGGGAGAAUUCUCGGACGACCCGCAAGCGUCGCCCACUGCCUUCUCCACCUGGGAGUACCAGAUCGGGUCCAAUCAAUGGGUCGAACAUAAAGAACCCAAGACAUCCGCAGGUGAGCAUGCGCCGGAUGACGGCCAGCCAGUUCACCGCUCUGCCGAGGGAGCCGGUUUUGGUGUCGCCACGCUUGGGAGAGGAUGGUAUUUUGGCGGUCACUUGGACUUCCUUACCACCGAAGGUUGGAGCAACCAAGUUCCUCGGGUAUACUUGAAAAGUCUACUGGAGUUUACCUUCCCCGGGUAUACCAAUAAACAGGUCAAAACCCUCGAGGACGGAAAGACAGCCGGUCCUGAGGGCGUCUAUCGCAACAUUACCGAAGGUGGCCUGCAGGAUACGGCCGGUUUCCCCGAACGAGCCGACGGCCUUCUAGUGUACAUACCUGGUUUUGGUGAAGAAGGUAUCUUGCUAGGACUCACCGGUGGAGUCAACGAGUCGUUUACGCAAAUGAACGUCAUUGAUGUCUUCGAUAUUGCCACUUCAAAGUGGUACAAGCAGAGCACAAGCGGUAGACAACCUCAGUACCGAGUCAACCCUUGUGCUGUGGUAGCUGCCGCCGCUGAUGGUUCUUCGUAUAACAUCUACAUGUUUGGCGGGCAAAAUCUUCAGCCAUUCAAAAACCAGACUCAAUACGACGAUAUGUGGAUCCUCUCCGUUCCGUCAUUCACGUGGAUCGAGGUUAAGAUGGGACCGGAUCAGUCUGUGCCUUACCCGCGCGCAGGCCACACCUGCCAUAUAUGGGACAGCCAGAUGAUUGUGGUUGGUGGAUAUGUUGGCCAAGAGCUGUCUUGUGAUGCUCCGGGCAUAUACGUCUUCAAUACAUCGAGCCUGCAGUGGUCCGACCAAUUUACAGCCCUCACCGGCGAACGAGCACUUCGGCCGUUUGAUGGGAACAAAGACAGUGGAAACCCGCUCGCCCAGCAGGCCAACCAACGGGGAUUCGAUGCCAAAGCUGGACUGCAAGGUUCCUAUGGCUACGCUGUACCACCUCUUGUCCAGUCCGUCAUCGGUGGUAAGGAGACAGGUGGCGCAACGCUGACUGCACCGGUUCAGACUCCGACUGAAGGUCCGCUUGUGACUGGAAGGCCACAUACCUACACUGUCACAGGUCCGAAUGGAGCCGUAAUCACCGAGGUAAGCGGAGGCGGUGGUUCAGGUGGUGGCGGCAGAGGAACAAACACAGGUGCCAUCGUGGCUGGCACCAUUGCCGGGGUGUUUGCUGUGGUAGCCGGGUAUAUGGCCUUCUGUGCUUGGGUUUACAGGAAGCAGGUCAAGAUGUGGAAGGCACAUGCCGCCGCGACUGCUGCCCGAACUGAGAAGCAUCCGGACGGCGCUCUUGGUGCCACGGGGCCAACGGCAACUUCUGCCUCAGGAAAGGACUCGAGUGACAGGAACGCGAGCGAUGCAUUGUUCCCACCGACGGAUAGCUCGAGCGCAGGAGGAGCGCGAAUGAGCAAUGAUGCUGGGCCGGCAUCUGUUGUCGACCCGCUGGGGAGGAGGAGUAGUGGCUCGAGCUCUACCGAGGACUUGCUCGCUGGGCAAGAGCCUACUUUCUGGGGCGCGCGGGGUGUAUUGCUAAACCCGAGAAGGAGUUUAAGGGUAAUCAAUCGAGACUAA